AUUUUACGCUGGACACGCACGCCGGGUCCUACAGUGAUUUCGAGGAAGAUUACGAUUGGCAUAAAACAGACGAACGUGCACGUCUCUUGCCAAAAAUUGGCCGAGAAUCAACGAAUUUAGGCUUGCGGGCGAAGUUAAGGCAGCUGGCGUCUCAGCUGUUUGAUAUAGAGGAAGUGCAGCAAUUAAAGCGUAGACUAAGUAAAUACAACAACUACGAGAAGAUACCCAACGAGGUGCAGAGUUUGAGGAACAACAACAACAACAAGAAGAAAUACUCAAAGACAAUGUCGACACCAUCAACAUCUUCCGUUGGCGAUGCGGCUGCAGCGCUGUCCGGCAACCUGCAGUUGCCACCACUGCGAACUCUGGAUGACUUUGUGCUGGGAUCGGCGCGCUUCCAAUUGCCUAAUCUAAAGGACUUUGACAAGUGGGGCAAUCGUGUGGUCAAAAAUUUGCUGUACUAUCAAACCAAUUAUUUCCUUGUCUUUCUGGCCAUCUAUGUGGUUAUGAUCAUUUUCAAUCCCACUAAAAUCUUGAGCGGUUUGUUAGUUCAAGCCUUGAUUAUUGCCAUCAUUUGGCAGUUCUUCAGCUCCAAAUCCAAGACGAACUUCAUUGCCAGCCGUCUAACUGGUGGCAAUCAAAUUCUUGCAGCUCAAAAUGCCCAACAGAAGUGGUACAUAUUGGCGGGAGCAUUGUUGGCUGGCUAUUUGUUUUUGCAUUUGAUUAGUGCUGUGCUCUUGACGGCAUUUACACUGCUUUUGCCCAUCUCGGUGACCUUUAUACACUCCUCAUUGCGGUUACGGAACAUUAAGAACAAGUUGGCCAACACAAUUGAGAGCUUUGGACCAUCUACUCCCAUGGGAGCACUGCUGGAUGCAUUGAAUGUACGCGCUGAUGGCGUCAUUAACUAAAAUAGAGCUGGAGCUUUGUUGGCCAUGUUUGAGCACCCUUUUUCAUUGAAUAUAGUUAGGCAUGCUGAUGCUUUAAAUCACUGUAUUGUGUAUAAUUAGAUCUUCUCUUUUUUUAAAUAUUUAAAUAUGAUUUUAUUACCAAUGUAUUUUGCUAUUAUUACGAUAAAUGUUAAUGUCAAUAAA